UGUCAAACUCAUCAGUUUUGUUUCGUUGCCCGUCUCGUUUGUGUCGUGAAACAGCAGAAAUUUACAGCAAUCGUUCGGCGUUCGGCAAACAAUUUUAUCAUUUUCCAUUAAAAUUCGUCGAAUUAUCCAGCAAAAGUUUGCAAAAUGAUGACGGACAUUGCCCGCAAUCCGGAAGCGCCCGGCUUCAGCUUCGAAAACUGCCGCAGGAACGCCCAACUAGUGAAACAAGGAUUCGUUGCGCCGAAGAUGAUCAAAACCGGAACGACCAUCGUCGGGAUCAUCUACAAGGAUGGUGUGAUUUUGGGCGCAGAUACUAGGGCCACGGAAGGUCCAAUUGUGGCCGAUAAGAACUGCGAGAAGAUUCACUACUUGGCGAAGAAUAUGUACUGUUGUGGUGCCGGAACGGCCGCAGAUACGGAAAUGACCACACAGAUGAUUGCUUCCAAUUUGGAGCUGCACCGAUUGAACACGGGCCGUACGGUUCCCGUUGUGGCGGCGAACACCAUGCUCAAGCAGUUCCUGUUCCGCUAUCAGGGAUAUGUUAGCGCUGCCCUGGUUCUGGGAGGUGUCGAUAAUACCGGAUCGUACAUUUAUUGCAUCUAUCCGCACGGAUCGACGGAUAAGCUUCCGUACGCGACAAUGGGUUCAGGAAGCUUGGCUGCCAUGUCGGUGUUUGAAUCGCGCUGGAAGCCUGAUAUGGAGGAGGAAGAAGGCAAGAAACUGGUCCGUGAUGCGAUUGCUGCGGGAGUUUUCAACGAUUUGGGUUCCGGGUCGAAUAUCGAUCUGUGCGUGAUCAAGAAGGACGGAGCCCAGUAUCUGAGGACAUUCGAGGAAGCGAACAAAAAGGGUACCCGUACGCUGAACUACGACUUCCAGCCCGGAACGACCGGGGUGCUACAGAGCAAGAGUUUCAAGAUCGACAUAACGGAGGAGUGUGUGCGUACGCUUAUUCCGGUGGGAGGCGUCGAGAGUAUGGAUACGGCUUAGGAAACGGGAUGUUCGAUUUUUAUUACAAGAAAUAAUGGGAUUGAGGUCUGAUUCAGUUCUGUCAAUAAACAUAAUGCCCUUUGGUUAAGUAUUGCGAA